AGCUUCAAUACCACUAUUAAAGUGUUCCAUAUGACUGGAUGGGGUAGAGAAUCAUCAGUCCCCAAGGAUUCGUCCAUGUUGCUUUACCUACUGGAACUUAUUGACAGCAGACGCAAAUCGGACGAUACCAAGACAACAAUAGUCAUGUGUCGUGAUGGCUAUUCCCAGAGCGGGCUGUUCUGUUGUAUCAGUAAUGCCCGAGACCAAAUGAAGAGUGACGAAGAAGUAGAUAUCUUUCAGAUUUCACGUCAGCUGCUUGUGCGACGUCCAGCAUUUGUGAUAAAUUUUGACCAGUACCAAUACUGCUACAACGUCAUCAUAGACUACCUGGAUACCACCGACGUGUACAUGAACUGAUUAAUGAGUACCUGGAUACCGUCGACGUGUACAUGAACUGUUUAAUGAGUACCUGGAUACCAUCGACAUGUAAAUGAACUGAUUAAUAAAAACAUGGAUACCACUGACGUGUACAUGAACUGAUUCAUGAGUACCUGGAUACCACUGACGUGUACAUGAACUGAUUUAUGAGUACCUGGAUACCGCUAACGUGUACAUGAACUGAUCAAUGAGUACCUGGAUACCACUAACGUGUACGUGAACUGAUCAAUGAGUACCUAGAUAUCGCCGACGUAUACAUGAACUGAUUAACGAGUACCUGGAUACCAAUGACGUGUACAUGAAUUGAUUUAUGAGUACCUGGAUACCACCGACGUGUACAUGAACUGAUUAAUGAGUACCUGGAUACCACCGACGUGUACAUGAACUGAUUAAUGAGUACCUGGAUACCACCGACGUGUACAUGAACUGAUUAAUGAGUACAUGAAUACCGCCGACGUAUACAUGAACUGAUUAAUGAAUACCUGGAUACCACUGACAUGUAGAUGAACUAAUCAUUGAGUACCCUGAUACAACCGACGUAUACAUGAACUGAUUAAUGAGUACCUGUAUACCACUAACGUGUACGUGAACUGAUCAAUGAGUACCUAGAUAUCGCCGACGUAUACAUGAACUGAUUAACGAGUACCUGGAUACCAAUGACGUGUACAUGAACUGAUUUAUGAGUACCUGGAUACCACCGACGUGUACAUCAACUGAUUAACGAGUACCUGGAUACCAAUGACGUGUACAUGAACUGAUUUAUAAGUACCUGGAUACCACCGACGUGUACAUGAACUGAUUAAUGAGUACCUGGAUACCACCGACGUGUACAUGAACUGAUUAAUGAGUACCUGGAUACCACCGACGUGUACAUGAACUGAUUAAUGAGUACAUGGAUACCACCGACGUGUACAUGAACUGAUUAAUGCGUACAUGGAUACCACCGACGUGUACAUGAACUGAUUAAUGAACACCUGGAUACCACCGACGUGAACAUGAACUGAUUAAUGAGUACAUGGAUACCACCGACGUGUACAUGAACUGAUUAAUGAGUACCUGAAUACCGCCGACGUGUACAUUAACUGAUUAAUGAGUACCUGGAUACCAUUGACAUGUAGUUGUACAGAUUAAUGAGUACCUGGAAACCAUUAGCGUGUGCAUGAACUGAUUAAGCAUUACCUGGAUACCACUGACGUGUACAUCAACUGCUCAACGAGUACCUGGAUACCAUCGCCGUGUACUUGAAAACAUGUAUUUUAAACAGACUAUAAGGAAAGUUUUUAAAUGUACUGCUUUCGCUUUAAUAGUUUACCGAAGAAUCAUACUCUAGAAUUGUUUCCGUAGUAAACAGCGAUAUGUUACAGCUGUAUUAAGUUUUAACAAUGAAGUGAAAAUGCUGAAUCAUCCAAGGAAACUAUUUAUAUACUUUAGCUUGCUGUGGUGAUUGUAACAUUUUAUCUUGUAAAUAUCUGAAUCCUAUAGGUUAACAUUUGUUUUGUCAAGGACGCGACGACAACCAAUCUGUUCACAUAUACAUAACCUGAUUGUUUUAUCCAUUAAUUAUCAUGCAUCUCGCUCCUAUCGUUAGGAAGUAAUUGUGUUGUUAGUUAUACAGAGGAACAUUUAACUAAGUCAUGUAUUCAAUCAGAUGACAAAAUGUUGCUCAUAAAACCAUAAGCCAAUUACAUUUUUAUAGAAUUAUUAACACAACUGAUGUUUGACCUAUCACUUUUUGUCAGUGUUUGUAAUUUGUUGCUCUCAGAUGAACGUUUCUAUCAAUAUAUCUUAAUAGAUAUUUAAUCUUAUUCACAUUCAUUUUAUUUAACUUGUAAUUUUUUAUCAGAAUUAAACGAAAUGUGCUGACCGGCUUUUCAUCAAGUUUAUCCUGAGCGAUGCUGCAUUACAGGUUUUAAGCCAAGUAACAUUGCCUCAUAUCUUAUUAUACAAAUAUAAACGAUGACCGUCUUUAUAAGGUAAAUCACUACCAAUAAUCAUGUUCUACUUGCGCUAAAUAUACUUUUAUAUCACUACUCUCACUGGAGUAAGAACUACGUUUUUCCGAUACUGUUAUAUUUCCAUGUUGAUAACCCUGCUUAUACUUGUUACAUUGAUUUACAAUGUAUAUACAUCAAUUUUACUUAUUGUAAAUUGCUGAAUGUCAUAUUUGAUUUUUAAAUUUUCUUUACCUUUUA